UUUUGGUCUCGGCUGAAAUCGGUCAGUUGUAAGUGAAACAUUUAAUCCGAGGACAUCGGAAUGUCGAACCCAGCCGCCGCAUCUGUGCCGGGAGGAGCGCCGGGGGGAGCGGCGUCGUCGGCGAUGGAGGAGAGCAUGCAGGAUAUCGUGCGCGCCGACGGGUACCUGUGGCUCAAGUACGGGCAGAAGAACAUGCACAACAGCCACACCAUACGGUGCUACUACAAGUGCUACUGCUCCAAGAACAAGCCCCCCUGCCCGGCCAAGAAGACAGUCGACUACGACCGCCGCCUUCCCAUCUCAACUUCCACCACACGAACCAACCACACCAACCGGUCUCACAACCACCGCUCUCCUCUCAACUGCUCCAGCGAUACUAGUAGUACAGGCCAGGGCUGCUCUCGCAACCGCUCCUGUGGUGCUUCUACAGCCCAGGGCUGCUCCCUCAACCGCUCCUGUGGUUCUGCUACAGCCCAGGGCUGCUCCCUCAACAGCUCCUGUGGUGCUGCUGCAGCCCAGGGCUUCUCCCUCAACGCCGCGGACUCGAGCUCGUGGACCCCUGGCGCCAUGGGCAGUACCAGCAACGUCAGCAACAUCAGCAACGUCAGUGGCAUCAGCAACGUCUGCAACGUCAGCAACCUCUGCAACGUCAGCAGCGUCAGCGACAUCAUGCUGGCUUUGCUUCUAAGCAGCGAUGGCUUCCGCACUGAAUCGCUGGCUGAAUCCGGCUGGCUGAAUCCGGCGCUUUGCUUCGUGCUGGCUGGAUCCGGCUCAAAUGGACGCGCUGCUUCCUCUGCUUCUCAUGCUAUUCCCGGCACGUGUAACUCUUCACAAUCAAAUGCGGUUCCUGCUGCUGUUCUUGCUGCUGCUCCUACUGCUGCUCCUGCUGGUGCUCUUGCUUCUCUUCCUGCGCCUUCUCUUGCUGCUGCUCCUGCUGCUGCCACGUCUGGUACAAUCCCUCUCCCGCAGAGCCGUGGGGAGUCCACUGCUCCCACAGGUGCUCCAGCGGUUUCAUCUCUUCUUUUCCGCUCCUCCUGCGAAACGCUAACGGCCGAAGGUGGCGAAUUCGGCCAAUUUUUGGAGGAAAAUGGCCAUCCGGAUGAAACCGGCCCUCUGGAUGCAGGCUGGCCGUGCGCUAAGAGGCGCUCCUGAAUUUGCUGCUGCCAGUGACCUUCUGGUUUUUCCGCCUGGUCUUGCGAGCGCCGAUGCCUUGUUCCAGGAUCUUCUUCUUGAAGAGGCCCCUUGGCUGGAAGCAGGAAGUGCUAGCCUCGGGGGUUCCUGGGGGGAGUUUGGUUGUCUGGAUGACCAAGGGUCUCACAGAGAGUCGUUUCAAUCGAAGCGAGCCGCUUCGUGCAUGUGGGGCGAUGGCGUUGCGGGGGAAUUCCUUGAUGGGACUGUAGAGUCUGCAGCUGAGGGAAGUCUCAGUUGUAUUUCGUUCAGUGGGCACAAUGGCAGGCAUGAUAGCAGGCCCAUGAUGUCGAGGCCUGGUAGUGUGCACGACAUUUUCAGCUUCAUGGGUGGGAGUGAUUCCCUUAGCGUUUU